CGACUUCCCCUGGUAGACCUCAACAAGCGCAGCAGCAGCUGCCCAGUCUCCCGGUGGCGGCGGGGUAAUGGUGGGCGAGGAGGACGCGGAGGCGGUGCCCUCGGGGGAGAGGAAGAGCUCAGCGGGGCGGCACGCGGCGGUCAGAGCGCGCGCACCGGCGCCCCAGGCGGCAGAGGGACUUCGGUCCCUCCUCCUCUUCCUCCUCCUCCGUCGGGCUCCUCCUGCGCCCGCCGCCAUUUUAAGCCGUUGCAGACCGCCGCGGGCGCCUGGUGGGGCGCGAACCCACCGCCCCACCUUCGCCAUCCAUCGCCUCUCUUGUUGGUGGCGCUGGUGCUGCUAGGCGUGCUCGCCCGCCUCCAAGUUGCCCCGCCUUCGCCGUGGGAGGCAAGCGGGGCGCUGGGCUAAACGGAGAGGGGCGGCGGCCGUAGCAGGUUCCGCAGGCGGCCCUGGCUGCCUUUCUUCUUCCCUCCUGUCCCGUCCCGCCCAUGUAGUCAGUGACUUUUAUAAGUGUCAUAUUGCUCAGUGAGGUGCUGAAAUCACUAUUCCAGCUGUAAAAUAUCUGCCAGGAUGUUUAAAAAUGAGUAUCAGGGCGGACCAUUUGUUGAAAUCUUCAGUGCUCAAGGCAAGAAUCCUGGAGCAAAAUGGAAGAUUUUUGGCAGUCCAUCGGUGAUCGGCAAAGAGUUCGAUAAGGAAGUGAAAGGUUUCGUGUUUGUUCUGGAAGGCAGUAGUCAAACCAACAAGAUGCAGCUUCCUAAAGAAACAAGGCAAACUCUUGGACUGAUCCAGCAAUUUCUGGUACUUCAGAUUUAUGUACCGUUGGGACAAGACUUCUCUACAGAAUUGCUGAUAACUGAUUUAGGAAACAUUAAAAGAAGAUUGUAUUUAUCAACGGUCCACAAGGAAUUGUCUGUAACUCCUCUACAUGCAAAGAUUCCUCUGUUUAUGAUCAAGCGCAAAAUUUGGUGCAAUCUGUGCAUUGACUUGGUAGCGUUCACUAGUGAGAUCUUCAAAGGAGCCGUCUUCCAGUCCUUGGAUGGCAUUAUUGUUUCUGCUAACUGUAAACUGCGAAAGAUCUUCACACUGAAGUCAAAGCCCCUGGACACAGCUGAUGAAGGUGUUGAUGGGCCAAUAGAUACAAUUCCACGAGCCUGUCAGUUACAUCCAGAUGUGCCUCAAGUCACGCAACUGCUGAAUAUGAACAAGCUGCUCUCACCAGAACAAAAAUAUGGAGGUCGUCCCUUAACUUCACCGGAAUUAGUAGACCAUCUACUGAACAGAGGACCAGCAACUUCACGAAACACAAAAAAUCAAGAUGUAUCCCACAUUGCGUUUGGAUCUAAGGUCCUUGGACCACCACCACCUUCAGGCCGAAGGUUCUGCACAAGGGCAUCUGGAGAGGUUACAAAAUCAGGGAGCAUCAGAACUAACAGGUCGUGUCAACUGCCAACUUUGGAAAAAGGAAGGGAGCUAGUGCAAGACCCUGGAAGGCCUGAACAUUCCCCCUCACCACUUGAUAUGACGCUAGAUCAAGGAAACAAAGAAAACAUUCGCAGUGCCAGUCGAAUUCUGCUGGACAAGGAUGAAUGGAUAUUUCCUGACCAGGAUUGUUCUCAGAUAAGUUCUAGCAAUCAGUUGCUAAUGACAGAGAAGGAUGACCAAGUUACUGAAAACAAGCAAAUGGCAGAAGACCAGCAUGAGGAUAUUUUUACCUUUUCCUCAAAACCUAGAAUAGCGCCACAUGGUAAGCCCUUGAACCUUUCGUCAGAAGGCUGCAGUUUUUUGGUGGAUUUACAAGAUGAGAUCAGCGGAGUGUGGCGAGGAGCCCAAAUGGAAGAUGACUUUUAUGGAAGUGAAAGCAGUGAAGAAGAUGAGAGCUACAGUGAAUGUGUGCAAGAAUCUGAGAAUCUUCCAACCAGCCACUCUGUAUCAGGUUCAUGUGAACCAGUAACUUCCAAAGAAAUUCCACUGAAGAUUACAUCAAAGAGUCCUGAACACUGGGUAAACAAAGAGCAUGCAAAACAUACCAGUAAGGAAGCAUCACCACCAAGUAUGGAAGAUUCUGUUGUGAUGACUGGAAAAUCAGAUAACAUCAGGAGCUGGUUGCCUACCUCCUGCUUGUCUCCAACAGGAAUUGCAUACGAGUCUUGUAAGGAAAUGUCUGGCAUGUCCAAGGGUGCAUUGGCCAGUCCAUUAAGAACUUCCAUAAUUAGAAAAUCCCUCAAAGAAAUCCCACGUGAGAAUUUGAAUCUGACAGUUCAAACUUCUGGAUAUGACUGGAAAAACUACCAACCAAGCAGCAUGAGUGCCUCUGAACUGCAAAUGUUGGCUAGCAUGAAGAGGCAACAGAAUGAAGAGUUGGAAGAUAAUGGACCUUCACAUGGGCUAAGUGCAUCUCAGAUUGACAACUGUAAUAUCAGCAUCAGCACAAGCAGUGACGACACAACAACCUGGAACUCCUGCCUCCCAGCGCCUGUCAAUCAAGGGUGUCACUAUCAGAAAGAAAUGAACCCUCUUUCCCAUUCCAACCCACGGGACUGGCUAAAUGUAUUCAGCCCUCCUAUAAUUCCUCCAAGUCAACAGCUGAUAGAGCACUCUGAAAAAACAGCAAAUGUGACCUCUCAAGGUGAAGGUGACUUCGGGGCCGAAGAGGAUGACGUUCUCACUCUCUUGUAUGACCCAUGCCUAAAUUGUUAUUUUGAUCCUGAAACUGGGAAAUACUAUGAGUUGGCAUAGCUAUUUCCAAGGCCAAGGAACAUGACCUAUUCUUUAAUCCUGUUCCAGCACUUAGGUCUUUUCAAAAUAUUAUUCUAAAAUUGAUGUUUUUCUUCCCAACAGUCCAGAACUUUAUAUCAGCCUAUAGUGUCUGAAGAAGAACCAAAAUGCUUGUAAAUAAUAAACAGUCUUAUUUUUGUAGAUUUGUGUAUAUUCUAAUAGCAAGUUUAUAAGGCUUUUGAUGUUUUUCAUAGACUGUUGCUGACGUUAUGUAAAAUAUUGAAAGAUUAAUGUGUGUGAACAAAUUACACUAAAGCUAAAAUAUUUGCAGGGUUAAUCUGUGAAUGAAGGUGUGAUGAAAAAAUUUCCACUAACUUGCUCAUUCUUUCAACUUGAAUAAUUUAAGUGAAUGUAUUGCCUUUUUGUACUUUAGAAUAUAAAGUAUUAUAUUCAAAGGGAAGUGUUCCAUUAACUGCCUUUUCUCUUCUUGUUAUUGGAUAAAACAAUAUUUUAUUUUA